GAGGGAUUAGUAAGGGAGAAGAGACAUAGCGCGCGGCCCUGUGCAGGGCAAAGAGACACCGGUGCAGGAGAAAGACGCCAUGGGGGUGUACACCAGUUUCCGACCGCGACGGUAAAGGGAUUGAGGGGAUAAGGGACUCCGCCCAAACAUGCAGGCCCAAGCGCCUGGCCAGGUGCAGCAUAUUUCCCAGCAGACGCAGCAGCAGCAGCAACAGCAGCAGCAGCAGCAGCAGCAGGCAACUGCGACGGCUGUGAGGGCCGCGGCGGCGACGGCAGCGACGACGACGUCGUCGAAGAGUUGGCAUAGCGAAGAAGACACAUCCCUCCGCCGUACUGUAUUGGAGCAUAUCAUCGUCUUUUUCAAACAACGCCAACCUCACGGGCACCCAGAAUGGAAUCAGAAGCUGCCGGAGCUAGUCAGACAGCUGGAGAGUGCGCUCUACGACGAUGCAGCCUCAAAGGAGGAGUACUGCAACAUGAGUACACUGGAGCAGAGAAUACAAUCCGUUGGGAAGCGAGUGAAGAGAAGUCCCUCUGUCUCAGUGAAUCCACAGUUGCCACAGUCGUUGGGAGGGGGAAUGAUGCCAUCUGCUGCUGGGAUGAUGAUACCAACUCCAGGAUCAACAAUGACUCCAGGUUCCACGAUGGUGGUAACGCCAAGCAUGGUGCCAACACCUCCAUCGACGGGAAUGCAGCAAGGUGUGGGAGUGAACAGAGGAGGGGGGAUGGUAGGGAAUGGGCAGGCAGCACAGGCAAUGGGGCCUCAAGUGGAGGGGAAUCAUGUGAUUCCCGGGAUGGGGGUGGGAUUGGGACAGGGGCUGGGUGUGGCAUUAGGAACGGGACUGAGCACAGGGGGGAUGAACACAGGACUAGUGACAGGGAUGGGAGGGCUUGGUGGUGGAAGCAUCGGUGGUCUCAAUGGGGUCAUGAGUACCGGACUGAGUGGGGGAGUUGGUGUUGGAGGCAGCACAGGGAUUGGAGGAGUGCCGAAUGGGGUGAUUGGCAGCAAUGGAGUGAUGGGAGGAGUGAUGGCGAAUGGGAUGAAUGUCGGUGUAAUGAAUUCUCACCAGGUGAUGGGAGUGGGGGCCACGAUGAACACAGGAUUGGGGGUGCCCAAUACAGUGGUAGGGGGCAUGGGAGGUGGACUUGGGAGUGGUGUUGUGCCGAGCAUAGGAAGUGGGAUGACUGGAGGGAUUGCAGGUGUGACUCAACAGAGAUCGUUUGCUAGUGGAAUAGCAGGAGGAAUGAUGCCACAUCAGCCAUCACAUUCGUUGGUGCAUGCUGCAUUCUGCCAAAAUGUCAAUGGGCAAGUGACCCCAGGGAUGAUGGUCAUGGCCAAUGGUGGUGCUGCUGCGGGUGCAGGAGCUGCCACUGUGGCGAUGAGGAAACCUCAGGUGGCUGGAAUGACUCUAGCCAAUGGAACAGUGGGGGGGUUUGCGAACGGGAGCACUCUUGUAGGGGGAACUGCAGGAAACCUGAACGGAAUGGUGAUGAUGAAUGGUAAUUCAUCCACGUACAAUGUGGGAACGGCUGCAGCCCUGAUUCAGCAGCAACAGCAUCAGCAGCAGCAACAGCAGCAACAGUCUCAGCAGCAGCUGCAGCCGCAGCCGCAGCGGACUAUGCAUGUGCAUCAACAACUACCCCAACAUCAGCAACAGCCGAUGCAGCAGCAAAUGCAGCAGCCGCAAUUGCAUCACCUUCACCAAAUUCAGCAGCAGCAGCAGCAGCAGCAGCAGCAGCAGCAGCAGCAGCAGCAGCAGCAGCAACAGCAGCAUCUGCAACAGUUGCAUCAAUCUCUGCAGCAGCAGGAUGUGUCUUCUAUCCAGGAACUUCAACAGAGGCAGCUGCAGCAGCGGAAAAUGCAACAGGUUCAGCAGCAACAGCAGCAGCAGCAGCAGCAGCAGCAGCAACAGCAGCAGCAACAGCAGCAGCAGCAGCAGCAGCAGCAGCAGCAGCAGCAGCAGCAGCAGCAGCAGCAGCAACAGCAGCAGCAUCAGCAGCAUCAGCAGCAGCAAAUGCAAUUGCAACAAUUGCAUAGGGUGUCGUUGUCUGAGCAAUUUCAGCAGAAGCAUCAACAGCAACAGUUGCAGCCGCAGCCGCAGCCGCAAUCACAGCAGCAACCACAGCAAACACAACCGCAGCAGGUCCAUCUUCCCUCACAUAACCAGCCAAAUCAGGAGCUCCAGCAGCAGGUGCAAGACAUUCAUCAGCAGCAAUUGCAGAAAAUACAGCAGUUAACAAAACAGCAGCUUCAGCCACACAUGCUGCAGCCGCCGCCGCAGCAGCAGCAGCUGCAAAGGCUGCAGCAGCACCAAAUGCAGCAGCAGCACCACCAACAACAACUGCAGCAGCACCACCAACAACAACUGCAGCAGCACCACCAACAACAACUGCAGCAGCAGCAGCAAAAGAUCUCACAGAAUUUGCAGCAACUACAUCAGCCGGAGAAGCUGCAGAAGCAACAGCCAAAUCAACAGCAGGUCCAACAGCAGCAACAAUUGUUGGAGAAGCAACAACAAACACUUCCUCCUGCAAACAAGCAGUCACAGUGUCAUACGUUGCUCACGCCUCUGACAGCUGCCUCUAGUUUGAUGUCUUCUGCCUGCCGAGGUUUAAUUCCUUCAGACAUUGCUGGACCUGGAAACUUCCAGUUGACACUGCCGAACAUGCGGUCAGCUGAUGACGGGCGGAUAGUGAGUGCCCUGAUGUUGCCAAGCAUGGCGGACGGCACGGCAGAGAAAUCAGGACAGAUGAUCCUUGUAAGCAACUUCCCUCCGGCAGCAGAGGAUUCAGGACAGGGCAGGCUGCGAACGCGAUUUGAUAAAGCGCUCUUGGUCAAGGCUCAUCGGUUCAUUGCAGAGAUGAAAGACCCACAGGUUCCAUCUGGUUUAAGGGGUAUGGCAAGGUUGCCCAUGGCAAUGCCAGCAGGAUCCUCGGAGACUUUGCGUGGACCUAUCGUCCAGGAGUCGCUUAAUGGGGUUCCUGCACCUUGCUUUCCAGAGGAACAGCAGCAGCAGCAUCCCGUUCAAGGAACCACUGAAACAAAAGCAUGUGCAUGAUGUGCGACAUGAGGAAAUGCAACAGCAAGCGCAUAUGCAGCAGCCGCA